AUGAGUGAGGAAAAACAAGUUAUCGCGUCCAUCGUGGCGGCAGGAGACUGUCUUGGACUUGGGCUGGUGACUGAGAUUUCCGCUGGCGGCCCAGGAGCCGUCAUCUAUGGCUUCAUCCACGUCUGGAUCCUCCAGUCCUUCCUGGGCGUAUCUCUCGCCAAGUUUGUCUCCUCCUACCCAACCGAAGGCGCCAUGUACCAUUGGAUCGCUGCCAUCGCCCCACGGCGGAUGACCGGCUACCUCAGCUUUGUUAAAGGCUGGUGCACUGUGUUCGGAUGGAUCUUCACAGCCGCAUCGACGAAUCUGAUUUACUCUCAAAAUUUCAUUCCAUUGAUUACGACAUUCGUGGUGUACCAGGUCUUGAACUUGGCGACGGCAUCGAUCGUUAUGUUUGGCAACAAGGCCAUCCCCGGGCUCAACCGAUUUUCACUUUUCUAUCUUCAGAUCGCUUGGUUCGUGAUUAUGAUAACGGUGGCUGCCACUGCGCCAUCUCACAAGGAUACCGAGUUUGUCUUCCGGACGUGGAUAAACAAGACGGGUUGGGAGUCGAAUGUGAUUUGCUUCAUUACUGGGUUGGUGAACCCGCUAUACAGUCUUGGUGGGCUGGACGGCAUUUCUCAUAUCACGGAGGAGAUGCCAAAUCCCUCACGAAACGCACCACUUGCUAUUACCAUCACCCUCUCCAUCGCUUUCGUGACUGGCUUGACAUAUCUCAUCACCCUCAUGUUCUCCGUCCAGGAUUACUCGGCGCUAGCUACCACUUCCACUGGCCUCCCGCUCGCUGAACUCUUCCUGCAGGCAACUCAGUCAGUCGGCGGUGCUUUUGCUCUAACAUUCAUGCUUUGGAUUGCCAUUGGGCCCUGCAUGGUCGGCUCUCAGCUGAGCACCGGACGCAUCUUUUGUGCCUUCACCCAUGACGGCGCCCUCCCCUUCUCUUCCACCUGGACUAAAGUCCAUCCCACCCUCCGCAUCCCCUUGAACGCCCAGCUUGCGGUCACAGCCAUAAUUGCGAUUCUUGGAUGUUUGUAUCUCGGCUCCUCGACUGCCUUCAAUGCCCUCCUCGGCUCGGCCGGCACCAUCAACAACCUCGCGUACCUGGUACCAAUCCUCACCAAUGUGCUGAUGCGGCGAACUACAUUGCAUCGGGGCACCUUCCAUAUGAGUUAUGUCGUUGGAAUGACGGUCAAUAUCAUAACUUGUAUUUGGCUCGUGUUUGCGAUUGUGUUUUUCUCGUUUCCCUACGUGAAGCCCGUUUCUAGUAUGCACCCCCAACUCUACCUCCCCUUGGGUCAAAGUACAGAUUGGAAUGCUAAUACGGAAUAG